AACUUAGUAGCUAAGAUUUCCUCCCUUCCCAUCUCUUUAGUCGUGCUCUCUCCUCUCUAUAAAUAGGUUUAUAACACAACAUACUUUUAACAUGCGAGUCACAAUACACACAGUACAUUUCACUCUCGUUGAAAACAGAGACAAAAAAGAAACGCAGAACAAAAUACCAAGUCAAACACGUAGACGAUGUUCAAGUUCAUCUUAGGCGGUGGAACCCAAAAGAAAACAGACGUCGGUGUCGGUGUCGAUGUCGGUGGCGGAGAAGAACAAGAAGAAGGUAGAAUCAGCUGCGGAACGGUCAUGGUGGAUCACAUAGAUCUGCAGAACUUGCCCGAAGGAUGCAUAGCCAACGUUGUCUCGCUCACCACGCCUCGAGAUGCGUGCAGGCUGUCUUCGGUUUCGAGGAGUUUCAAGUCGGCCUCUGAAUCUGACGCCGUUUGGGACAGAUUCAUUCCGCCCGAGACCCACACGAUCUUGUCCCUACAGUCUCCCUCCUCUUCCGUCUCUUCCUCCCCUUCCUCCACUUCCAAUUCCAAAUCCAAAUCCAAGAAGGAGCUUUACCUCACUCUCUGCGACAACCCAGUCCUCAUCGAGCAGGGCAAGAUGAGCUUUUCACUGGAAAAAAGCAGUGGGAAAAAAUGCUAUAUGAUCUCUGCAAGGGCGCUUUCGAUUGUCUGGGCUGACACUCCUCACUACUGGAAAUGGAUUUCUCUGCCCGACUCCAGGUUUGAGGAGGUGGCAGAGCUUGUGAGUGUGUGUUGGCUUGAAAUCCGUGGCAAAAUUGGUAGACGGAUGCUGUCCCCAUCCACCCUAUAUAAAGCUUAUCUUGUAUUCAAGUCGACUGCAGGCGCUUAUGGAUUUGAUCACCAACCUGUGGAGGUCUCGGUUGGGAUGCUUGGAGGAGAAGAAGAGCCCACCAGGGGCAGAGUCUUUCUGGACGCAGAAAGAGGGCAGAAUACAGCGUACCACAUUGCGCCAGGGCCCAGGCGUAUUGGGCUAAUCAACAGGAGACACUUUUUGGGCUAUCAGUCGUCCCAGCCCAGAGAGAUCAACGAGGCCCAAUAUCCGAAAGAGAGAGACGACGGCUGGCUGGAGAUCGAGCUGGGUGAGUUCUUCUGCCAAGGAGGAGGAGACGGAGGAGACGGGGAGUUGGAGAUGGCUUGUUUGGAGGUUACCGGUGGUCAUUGGAAGGGUGGCCUCAUUGUUCAAGGGAUUGAGAUCAGGCCCAAAGUCAAGGACUAGUAUAGAUCCAUCUCAUCGCAUCUAUAAAGACUUUUUCCUUUUAUCAGUUAUUAGUGUAAUUUAGAAUAAAAAGCUGUUGCCUUUGCUCUCUACAUUGUAAUUGUCGCAAUCGACAUUUAUGAAUCUUGGCCAUGUCGGUAGUCAAUUGCUUCAUUGUUGUGGUAUUUGUCAUUUGUGUUCGUGAUAUAAAAAGCCAAACACUUGUGACCAA